CUGGCUAGCUAGCGAUCCUCCCCUGCUUCGCUGAAAACGCCGGUCUCUCUCAGUAUCUGGUCAUCUUGUGCUGCUGUGUCGCUCAGUGACAGACCGAACGCGCUCGAUAUGGAGACACCGGGCAGGAUAACACAGACACCGGAUUCACUGGACUUCACUGUGGAGAACGUGGAAAAGGCUCUUCACCAGCUGUAUUAUGACCCCAACAUUGACAACAAGAAUCUGGCCCAGAAAUGGCUCAUGCAGGCCCAGGUGUCUCCCCAAGCGUGGCAGUUCUGCUGGGCUCUGCUCAGCCCAGACAAGGUCCCCGAGAUCCAGUACUUUGGGGCCAGCGCUCUCCACACCAAGAUCUCGCGCUACUGGGGGGACAUCCCGGCGGAGCAGUACGACUCCUUGAAGACGCAGCUCUUCUCCCAGAUCGCACGCUUCGCCUCGGGGUCAAAGAUGGUGCUGACCCGGCUGUGCGUGGCGCUGGCCUCCCUGGCCCUCAACAUGAUGCCGGAGGCGUGGCCGGGCGCCGUGUCGGAGAUGGUGCGGAUGUUCCAGGAGGAGGGCGGCGGGGUGGACGGGCGCGCCCGCUGCCUGGCGCUCCUGGAGCUGCUGACCGUGCUGCCCGAGGAGUUCCAGACCAGCCGGCUGCCACAGUACCGCAAGGGCCAGGUCCGCGGGGCGCUGGGGAGGGAGUGGGCCUCCGUCUACCCGCUGCUGCAGCAGCUGCUGCGGCAGGCCGACUCACCCGGCCUGGUCAAGGCGCGGGUCCUCAAGUGCCUCUCCAGCUGGGUGCUGCUGGACGUGCCGCUGAGCGAGAGCGAGGGCCUGGUGGAGGACAGCUUCGCCGCGCUGGCCGACCCCGAGCUCUUCGACACGGCCGUUGAGGCCAUCGUCAACGCCAUAUCACAGCCCGACUCUCAGAGGUAUGUCAACACACUGCUGAAGCUGGUUCCCCAGGUGCUGCAACUGCAGGAUCAGCUGAGGGAGGCCGUGCAGAACGGAGACAUGGAGACCUCGCACGGAAUAUGUCGCAUCGCAGUGGCAUUGGGGGAGAACCACUCCAGGGCUCUGCUGGAGCAGGUGGAACACUGGCAGGGCUUCCUGGCCCUUGUGAACAUGAUCAUGUUUUGCACUGGCAUCCCUGGACACUAUCCAGUCAACGAGACGACCAGCUCCCUCACGCUCACUUUCUGGUACACCCUGCAGGAUGACAUCAUGUCGUUCGAGGCGGAGAAGCGGGCCGUGUACCUGCAGGUAUACAGGCCUGUGUACUUCCAGCUGGUGGAUGUGCUGCUGCACAAGGCACAGUUCCCCACAGACGAGGAGUAUGCCUCCUGGUCCUCUGAUGAGAAGGAGCAGUUCAGGAUCUACAGAGUGGAUAUUUCUGACACCCUAAUGUACGUGUAUGAGACACUGGGAGCCGAGCUCCUCAGUAACCUGUACGACAAGCUGGGAAGAUUGCUGACCAACACAGAGCAGCCAACGUCCUGGCAGCACACAGAAGCUUUGUUGUAUGGAUUCCAGUCCAUCGCUGAGACAAUUGAUGUCAACUACUCUGAUGUCAUCCCUGGGCUCAUCGGCCUGAUUCCUCGAAUCAACAUCAACAACGUUCAGCUUGCAGACACCGUCAUGUUCACCAUAGGUUCCCUGGCAGAGUGGCUGGCAGAUCACCCAGUCAUGUUGAGCAGUGUCCUCCCCCUUGUCCUGGAGGCCCUGGGGAACCCUGACCUCUCUGUGUCCAGCGUGUCCACGCUGAAGAAGAUCUGCCGCGAGUGCAAAUAUGACCUGCCGCCCUAUGCCACCAACAUAGUAGCUGUCUCACAGGAGGUGCUCAUCAAACAGAUCCAUAAGACCAGUCAGUGCAUGUGGCUGAUGCAGGCCCUGGGCUUCCUGCUCUCCGCCCUGCCGGUGGAGGAGAUCCUGCGGAAUCUGCACUCCCUCAUCACGCCCUACAUCCAGCAGCUGGAGAAGCUGGCCGACGAGACACCCAAUCCCUCCAAUAAGCUGGCUAUCAUUCACAUCCUGGGGCUCCUGUCCAACCUGUUCACCACACUGGACAUCACCAAACAGGAGGAGGAGUCAGGCGAGGGCACGCCCCCUGUCAAAACCCCUCUGCCCCAGUUGGGCCCCAACCCAGUGGUGGUGGUGCUCCAGCAGGUCUUUGCUCUGAUACAGACUGUUCUCAGCAAGUGGCUCAAUGACUCGCAGGUGGUCGAGGCGGUGUGUGCCAUCUUUGAGAAGUCGGUGAAAACCCUCCUGCAUGACUUUGCCCCGAUGGUGUCCCAGCUAAGCGAGAUGCUAGGCCAAAUGUACAGCACCAUCCCACAGGCUUCUGCGCUGGACCUCACACGCCAGAUGGUCCAUAUAUUUGCUAGUGAGCCAGAUCACUUUCCCCCAAUCAAGGCGCUUUUUGAACUGGUCACGUCUGUCACUCUGUCCAUCUUUCAGCAAGGGCCCAGGGAUCAUCCUGAUAUUGUUGAUUCAUUUAUGCAACUCCAAGCUCAGGCUCUCAAACGGAAACCCGAUUUAUUCUUGUCUGAGAAUCUUGACGUGAAAGCCGUGUUCCACUGUGGAGUGCUGUCACUCAAGUUCCCGGAGGGCCCCACAGUCAAGUCCACUUGUCUGUUCUUUACGGAGCUGCUCCCUCACUGUGGAGACAUACCCCGCGUGGGUCAGGUGGUGCAGGAGGACGGCAAGCUGCUGCUGCAGACCGUGCUGGAGGCCAUCGGGGGGCAGUCCUCUCGCAGCCUGAUGGACCAGUUUGCAGAUGUGCUCUUCUCCCUGAACAAACACUGCUUCACACUGCUGAGCGUGUGGCUGAAGGAGGUGCUGCAGCCUCCCGGCUUCCCCUCCUCCCGCGUCUCUGCGGAGCAGAAAGAAACCUUCAGCCAGCAGAUCCUCAGGGAGCGAGUGAACAAGCGACGGGUGAAGGAGAUCGUAAAGGAGUUCACCCUGCUGUGCAGAGGGCUGCAUGGCACUGAGUAUGCUGCAGAGUACUGAAUCAGCGCCCGCCCCAGUCCAGAACCCAGAACCCAAAGCACCCCUCAGCCGUCUGGAACCCGGGCCCCAGGCAGCCAUCCACAAACCCAACACUGGAGUUGCAUUUGACCUUUGAGCGGAAAUCCCCCACACAACACGAGCUGUCCCUAACAAAGCCUGAUGCAAACAGUGGCAAUUUCAAUCAGUGCAGCGGUCGGUCCCGGAGAGGUGGAGCUCUCUCUGCUGUUCCUGUGUCGUUUUGGGGUUUUAUUUGUUCCGAAGUACCAAAAGAGUCUUCUUCCAGCAGACUGCUCCCUUUCCCCAGCACCUCUCCUGCAGCAUGCUCUAUAGUCUCAUCCUUUCUCUCAUUCUUGAUCUUCCGUGGCUCCGAGGCUGUUUCCUUGUGAUAUGCAUACGUAUGUUAAAUAGUACUAGUUUUCUUUUUAUUUUUGGAAACAAAGAAAUAUAUAUAUACAUAUAUAGACAUAUAUAUAUAAACAGGGUUUUAAACAGUCCUGCUGCUGCUGCUGCUGCUCUUGCUGCUGCUGCUGCUAACCGAAGGAGAAAAGGACAAGUGAAGAUACAAGAUAUUCUGUCAUUACAGGACCAAGAUAUCUCACGGUACCAAACCGCACCCCCUCUUUUCCCUUGUUGCCAAAUCGUUGUUUAAUGUCAUGUGAUGUAGGUUUUUUAUUUUUGAUAUUAAAGUAGAAUUUAUUGGAUCUGGUAUGUGAUGGUAUAAAGUGAGCUCAGAGAGGGGGAGAAAGCUUAACCACUACACAGACAAGAAGACUGCACCCCCAAAACUACGAAAACUAAUCAAGUCUGAAACUUAGCAGCUCUUGUACUGAGGAGCCUUCAAUUAUUUGCAUUACAUGAUGGACUUGAAGAGUGAUGUGCAACAGCGUAGAAGUGUCUUGGAUUGACGAGGGCGCAGAGGGAGGGAGGGUGGUGCGAAUGUGUGAAGGGCUGUGUUCUAACCCUGGACAGAACACCCAUCACGUCAGUGGUUCUAACCUACUAAUCAUGUGGUACCCAUUACGAAGUCCUGUCAUUGCAGUGCAGAUUUGCUGAAAUACCCACGCAAUGAUGAAUGUUUCAAUACGUGUAACUUCAUUUCCGCUUGCGGUCCUACUCUGAACCUGAAUGCACUUAUACUUUGGACCUACACACACAGCACAGUCUCCGGCGACGCCACAAACCUGACUUCUGCCGCUUUGCCCCAAAAGCGUUUAACAAAGUGCAUGAACUGAGUGUCACUCUCUGGGUUCCUACGCAGCUCUGUAAGGCCUUGACUCCUUUAUCCUUUGUGUGCCUGCGGACAUGUAGCAUGUCUUUUUGGGGGGACUGGUAGUAGCAUAGCGAGUCUGCUUGCACAGUUUCAGGGCACAGGGGGAUAACACGUUUGUCAGAGACAGAGAGCGAGGUGGUGAGGGGAAUGAGGGGAAAUGUACAUUGAUUUUUGUACCUGGUUUUAAUUUAUUAAAUAUAUCUAAG